UUUCCUGCCCUUUCUCCUAUUUUCCUCCUUUUUCAGUCGUAUGUCCUGCCCUGUCGCACUCACAUUUUCUGCCUUUUAAAAUAACUGACAAAUGAGGAUACUUUUUUAACAACUGACAAAAUUCUUCGUUUUUACUGAGAAAGCUGCAAUACUGCAGCUUAUUAAUUAACCCCUUGUAUAUUAAUGGUGGUCUAAACAUACGCCUAGCAAUGAGGACUCCGCCUGCCCGGUGCCGCUCCGGGCCGGAGAGACGAGGCGCCUCGGGCGGCAGGAACCGAGGCAGCCCGGGAGCGGUGAGGCAAACGGCAAGCACAGGAGGCCAGGGCUCCGGCGGGGACUCCAGCGGGAACUCCAGCGGGGAGCACUGGCAGACACCGCCUCCUGAGGGGGACAUCAGCCCGGGCCGCCAUGUUGUGCGUGGCGCCAGCCCCUGAGGGGUGGGUUUCCCUGCGAUCCCGAAGGCUGCGCUUGGGUAAGCGUUUCCCGGGAGAGGCAGGCGCUGUUUUAUGUCUCCGUAGUCACUGGCCUCUUGAGGCCACCCCCGUUAGAAGCCAGCCGGCAGCGUCCUUCCCCCGCGGCUCUUCUUCCCUGUGUGCCUUCUUCCCAGCAUGCCAGUGCCCUCCCCACCCGUUCCGGUUCGGGGACGCGUGGAGAUUGGCUUCUCGAUCCCGGCGGCCGGAAGGAGGACAUUUGAACGGUGCUGAGAAGAGCUGCCCGCGUCCGGCGGGUCACAGAAUGGCCGGAGGUGACUAUGAGGAAAUUCUCAAGUACUAUGAAAUACACGGAACAGUAGGCACAGGUGGAUUUGCAAAGGUAAAACUUGCACGGCAUCGUCUCACUGGUGAAAAAGUUGCAAUAAAAAUCAUGGACAAACUUGCUUUACAGGAUGACUUGCCUCGUGUUAAAUUAGAAAUUGAUGCCAUGAAGGACUUGAGUCACCAGCACAUUUGCCAAUUGUAUCAUGUGAUUGAGACACCCAGGAAGAUAUUCAUGGUUUUAGAGUACUGUCCUGGAGGAGAGCUUUUUGAUUACAUAAUUUCGAAGGACCGCCUUUCUGAGGAAGAAGCUCGUGUAUUUUUUCGGCAGAUCGUUUCAGCAAUUGCUUAUGUGCACAGUCAGGGAUAUGCCCACAGGGACCUCAAACCAGAAAAUUUGCUGAUUGACGAGGAACAUAAUCUGAAGCUGAUAGGCUUUGGACUUUGUGCAAAGCCAAAGGGUGSCCUUGAUUASCAUSUGAACACAUGCUGUGGAAGCCCAGCUUAUGCAGCACCAGAGCUGAUUCAGGGCAAAGCAUACAUUGGCUCAGAGGCAGAUAUUUGGAGUAUGGGAGUACUGCUGUAUGCUCUGCUGUGUGGCUUUCUCCCAUUCGAUGAUGAUAAUGUCAUGGCUGUCUACAGGAAGAUCGUGAGGGGAAAAUACAGUAUUCCAAAGUGGCUCUCUGCUAGUAGUAUCCUGCUCCUUGAUCAAAUGCUGCAGGUUGACCCAAAGAAGCGGAUUACAGUAAAACACCUGUUAAGUCACCCUUGGCUCAUGCAAGGUUUUUCUGAUGCUGUUCAGUGGCAAAGUAAAUACCCACUGGGACAUCUUGAUGAGGACUGUGUAAGAGAGCUUUCUCUGUUUCAUGAGCAGAGCAGGGAGACUAUAUUGCAAUUAAUAACAGAGUGGAAAUAUGACCACAUGUCAGCAACUUACCUCUUGCUUCAAUCCAAGAAGGCUCGUGGCAAGCGUGUUCAUUUAAAGUUUCCGUAUCUAACAGGGCAUGCCAGUACCAUGAUGUCGGCAGGCCUUCAGUAUUCGAGGCCUGAUGCCCAUCUGGAGGACACAGAAUUCACACUGUCAACUCCACUGACAAGAAAAGUAGCAUCAAAGAAGCACGAAAACAACGAAAAUGUUGAAACAGUAUCAGCUUUAAGAAAUGAAAUGCCCUUUGCACUUCCUGCUCCAAAGACUCCUUUUGCACAGAGUCAGACUGAGACACAGGAACAAGCUGUUCCCCCUAGGACACCUGUUUUCAAAGACAGUCAGUUCACUGCAGUCACCCCAAUUAAGAAACCCACAAACCCAACAAAUGCAGAUGAAUUGGCAGCAGUUGAGAUUCUUCCUGAAAGAAGAUGUCAGUCAGUGGAAUUCGAUCUCAAUCUUGCACAUGUGGAUAGCAGCCAAAAGAAGAGAAAAGCCAAAAUAUUUGGAAGUCUUGAAAGAGGCCUAGAUAAAGUGAUCACAAUGCUAACACCAAGCAAGAAGAAACGAUGCACUAGAGACUGUCCAAGAAAACUUAAGGUAUGUUUGCUGCAAAGGUCUUACAUAGGAACAA